UUUCACUCUCUCUCUCUACCCAGACUCUAAUUUUCUCUCUCCAAAAAAAAUUGCUCUUUUUUUUUUAGGAAAAAGAGAAAUUCCUUUACUGAAAAAGAAAAAAAAAAAAACCUAAUUAAACCAGAACCGUGAUUAGAUGAUGUCACAAUGCAAUAAUAAUUAUAACCAUAGAACCAAAACACCAUCAAUGCCGGAGAUGUUGUAAUCAAGUGCAUGCAUGAUUGUUCCUUUUUCGUGAGAUUUGGAUUCAAGCCAAUGGCAACGCUGAUUUUGAUUUAUUUUGUUGAUUUCAAAGAAAUAGGGUUUUGAGGGAGGGCGAAAAGCAAGGAAGGAUUUUUAAAUAGGGUGAUAAUAGAUUGUAAUGUCUGAAUUGGUGGCCCGCACAGGUCGACAUCAGCAGCGGUACGAGGGCGGCUGUCGCCUUGUCGCCGGGUGCAUUCCCUUUAGGUAUAGAGAUUAUGAUGAAAAUGAUGAUGCUGAUGCCGAGAAGCUUGUUGAAGUUCUUAUGAUCAAUUCAACUAGUGGACCGGGUCUUUUGUUUCCGAAGGGAGGAUGGGAGAAUGAUGAAACUGUUGAAGAGGCUGCAGUGAGGGAAGCCAUUGAAGAGGCUGGAGUGCGAGGCAAUCUAAUGGAUUUCAUAGGGGAUUAUCACUUCAAGAGUAAAACACUCCAAGAUGAGUGUUGCCCUGAAGGUUUAUGUAAAGCUUCAAUGUUUGCUUUGUAUGUCAAGGAGGAGCUAGAGUCAUGGCCAGAACAGAGCACGAGAAAGAGAAGUUGGUUGACCAUACCUGAAGCUGUUGAGAAUUGCCGACAUAAAUGGAUGGAAGAGGCUCUGAAACAAUUCUCUAAAUGGCUUGCAGUUAAGAUGUAAAGUACCAAGGAAUCAACUAAUGAGGAUUAAUUUGCUGUGUGCAUACAGAAUAACUUUGUGCUCACAGACCCUGAUAUUUGCUGCAGAAUUUCUUCAUAUCUUCCAAGGAAACCCGAUAGCAGCAAAAUUUUAGGAUUAUACAGCUUGUUUUCUGAAUAUUUUUCUUUUAAGAAUUUCAGUCUUGUUCAAGUCACUGAGACUCUUGCAUUUAAAUACUUAAGCCAUUUGUUCCUGCA